AUGGUUUCCGCGAAGGAGGCAGAGGAGGUGAAGGCUCUGGCGAGCAAGGCCAAGAGCGGCAAGGACAUUGGGGGUUUGUCGGAUGUGGAUGUGUUUUCCACGGGGCGGCCACACGCUCUCUACACCAGCAUCAAUGCCAAGGUUGGCUACUCCUUGCCUGAAUCCUUGGGCAGCAAGCCCAUUGCUGCAACGGGCGACAGUGCAGCCAACUCCUACGUAGACAAGGUGAACGCGCAGCUCGAGACCGCUGCAGCGAAGCUCCGGGAUGCCCGGCUCAAGGCUGCGCUCGAGACCAUCGAUUCCCAGCCCUCACCGGGUCAGGACUCGCCCAGUGCAGCUCUGCGCCCCCAACAGAAGCAAGCGAGAGCCGAAGAGGGCAAAGCUGGAGACAUGCAGCUGCAACAUCAGACGGAGAUGCUGACACAACAGCUUCUGAAGCUGAAGCAGCGCCAAGAGGACACAGAGGAGGCAGCGCACGAGCGCGCCCCGCUUCUCUCCCCUCCAGCUGGAACCCCACAGGCAUCGCCGAAGGGUGGUCGGCGCCUCUCGCGGGACAGCAGCGUGAGUCGAAGCCCGCGAUCAGGCAUCGCCGGUAGCACUCGCGGCGGCUUCGGUGUCCCUGCGCCGCCGGCAAACUCGCCAGUGGCAGGGCCAAAGUCUGUGAAGGAGUCCUCCCCUCAACCAGCUGCACGCUUUGUGCCGACUGCCACGGAUCCGCUACAGCGGACCUACGGAGGUGGAGUGUCGGGAGACAAAGGGUUGGCGUGUGCGCUGGAUAUGGUUCCGAGUCGACAGCUGUUGGGUCUCGGAGACUCUGAUUCGAUCCCGCCGUACGUACCUUCGCCUCCCAAGCCGGAGCUCAGAAGUGACCCGCUGGUGCCGCAGAGCACCGAGGAGAUCGCAGGAGCAGGGGCACCUUUGUCGCACAUCCUGGGAAGUUUAUCCCAUGCUGCUGACGAGGAAUGUUGGAAACUGCUUCACGACCAGCUUGCGACCAUGCAUGAGGGUGUGCAGGAGUUUGCAAAGCGCAGCUGCCCCACGAGGCCAAUGCGGAAUGGAUCCGGGCCCCCCGGAUUGGUCCAGGAUCGGCGAUUCAAGCUGAGUCUGCCAGCGCAAGCAGGAAACAGGCCAGCUGGGCAGGCUGGAUCGUUCGAGCCACCGCGGCUUCUUCGAGUGCCCACGCUUCCGGUGCAGUCCACGCAAAGGUGUCCAUCCAGAACGUCGUUGCAAAGGCAGACGUCGUGGCACUCUCCGAGGACACCGAUCACGCCGCAUUUCCCUGUAGAGCCCACGCUGGCGCCGGCGCCGGCGACGCAGCCAGGGCUCCAGCGCCAGGCACCGGCACUUCAUGCUGAACGGGUUUAG